AGGCGGCAGAGGCCAACCCAUCGCGUUCCGUGUCCCAGAGUGCGCGGCUGACCACGUGCACACCCUGGCUGGCGCGCGGCCCCAGCACCACGCUGCACACUAGCUUGUAGCGCGGGGGACUGAUCUCACGCAGGCACACACGUACCAGAUCACACAGCUCCUGAGCCAGAGGCCCGGCCUCUGCCCCUGAGUAGCACGCAUUGCGCAGCCUCGCCUCCAGCGCUGCCUGCAGGGCGCGUUGUAAAGGUGAGGCCUCCCAGCGCUCCCCUGGUGCUGGCUCUGUGCGGUAGGAGGGCGCCACCCGAUGCACGGGUGCUAGGGGCAACCCGGAGAAGCUAACCCUUGAACCUAGAAGAGGAACUGGGCCCAGAGAUGGUCGACGACCCCCAGGACCUGCGCCUGGUGCGGCCAGCGAGUUGCGGCGUGAGAAGGACGAGGCCGGGCCCAGCACAGAGCCACGGCGGGAGGCUGGGCCCAGACCUGGUAGUCGGGUCUCUUCUAUACUGGGCAGGUGGCCCGGAGGCCUCACCGGUGAUAGUUUCAGCCCAGGGUCUUUGGUAGUAUCCUCCUCCUGGCGUCCGGGGGGCACAGACCUGCUAGCCAUGGACCUGCCGGCUGGAAGACCCACACCUGGAUGGGAUGGCCUACCUGGCCAUCUUUGUACCCCAUCCAGUCUUUCACUCCGUAAUAAGGUUUUUUACCCUCUAACCCCUUCUUACCUGUUUUUGGGACAGGUGAAUCAAAUUGUCCCCAGCUGCGUGGAUUCCUAGGUGCUUAGAGUGUUACUGGCUGUUAGGGACAUAAGCAAUGCUGCUCAGACUAUCAUUUUGGGGUAGCCCCUGCCCCCCUGAACUCCACUUUCCCCUGAGCACUAUGGAGGUUCGCUAAGUGAGCUCUAAAUAACACCUCCUUUUCUCUCUUCCACUUGACUUUUCCACCAGAAGGGAGAUGAAUCUGCCCUUUGUUUGCCUCAGCCUAGACAGUGGUGCCUCAAGCCCCUAACCAGAGGAAGACACAGACAGACCCAACACGUUCAACCCCACGGAUCCUUCUACCCCUGUGGGUUAUUGAAUCCAGACAUCUGCCCCUACCUGCUUCUAGCGUGGCUGGCACAAAGACCUCCCCUACAAUUGGUUCAGGCUGGUUGGAGGCAGAUGACUCAGGAAGCUCCUUCCACCCUCUCCAUUUGGCCUCUGGCCCUACCUCCAGAAUCAGUUUUGGGAUGAAGGCCCUCUUCUCCCGAAACUCCCACAGGCACCUGAGUCACCUGCAGCCUUUGGCCUCCAAACUCUCUCCUAGCUCCACAGCCCUUCCUCACCCAGCUGGCCUGACUGGCAGACGGGAAGCUAAUGGCCCCUUGUGUUGUGGAGUUGCCCUGGGUUACUGGUCAGCCACUCCUGUUUUUUGGUCUCCUCCUUUCCGUCCUGGCUCUGGCUUAACUUGGAAGUGUUACUACACUGAGUACGUGUUGAGUGCAGGGUGCCUGAGUCAUCAGGGAAGAGGAGAUAACAGGGGCCUAGAACCCCUGUACUGAGGGGCAAAUGUAGAGAGUGGCUCUGGUCAAAAAGGUAUUUCCCUAUUCCAGGGCUCUUGAACUGCUAUCCAUUUCUCCCCUUCUGAAGGCUGGCUCUGAAGCUGUGAGCAAAUUGCAGAGGCCUGUAAUAUGGGGAGACCUUGAGCCUGUAGGGGUGGCUGUUCAGGAAUCAUGAUCUUCGCCUACAGGAAGAAGAACGUCAUGGCUCUGUCCUCUCCCCAUUAGCCUCAAUAAGGACAAACAUUUCCGCUCCCUGUGCAGAGCUGGGGUGGGGUUUGGAUGACUUCCUCAGCUCAGGGCUGUGUGCAGGGGGAGGGGAGGCACAUCAGUUCUGCUGGUGGGAGCAGACCUGACGCAACAAUGGUGCAAUAGCGGUGACUAGACUUGGCAGUAAACCAGAGUCCAGCCUCCUGACCCCUGCUGACCCAAGUGCCCUGGAGCUUGUCCCCAGCUGGCCACACCUCUGGUGUGCCUAGAGUGCCAAACCCCUAACUGGUUGCAUUUUAGGGAUGCCAGAGGCCAUGACGCCUCUGUCAGAGCUGACACCUCCUCACCUGACCUCCUUCUGGGAGGGACAGGACUGCCCAACCCCCUCCCAGACAAGCCAGUCUGGGCUCUGAAAACUCCAUGAGGGUGAGGAAUUUCCCUGUUGAGGGGGUUUCCCAGGUCUGGCUAACCUGAUCCUGGCCCUGUGUGCAUGUGAGAGAAGGAGUAGGAGGGGCAGGGAGUUUGAACUCUGGAUCCAAGACAGGCAGGGCCUGGGUGCUGAGACCCUCUACUAAGCUUCUGGCCCCUCUGAGGGCUGAAGUUUUCCCUGGGCCUGUGGAAGAUGGGCGGGGCCUCUCAAGCUGGGCUCCAGUUUCCGUGGAAACCCACAGGCUUCCCACCCACUGCUGCCUGGCAGGCUCCCAGCUGGGGCCUCAUCCGCUGCCAGCCUCUCCUCCCCAGUCCAGUCUGCUCCACCCUCAGCCUCUCUUGGCCCCUUCCCUGACUCCCCAUCCCCAAGCCCAGCCUCUGGCCUCUUGCACUAGCCUCUGGGUGCCUUCUUAAGAAACCUGGCCUCUCCUGCCCCAUCCCUCAACUUUAGCUUCUCAGCAAACAGCCUUCCCAAGCUCCUGCCCCUCCCUCUCAGGCUUUUCUAGCCUCCUUACCAGCUCCCAGGCCUAGCCAGGCCUCCUGCUCCUUCCCAGCUACCCCCUCCCACAGACCAACAGACAACAGGCCUCCUAGGCUAUUCUAUUCUAUUCUCUUACUUCCCUGCCCCACCCCACCCAUGGAGACCCCAGGACUGGUUGUGCACGGGGAGGCUGCGCCCUUUUCCACAGCACUCCGAAGUCUUCUCAACAAUCCCCAGUACAGUGAUGUUUGCUUUGUGGUCGGUCAAGAACGGCAGGAGGUGUUUGCCCACCGGUGCUUGUUGGCCUGUAGAUGCAACUUCUUCCAACGACUUCUGGGUCCGAAGCUGGGCCCUGAGAUGCCUAGCCCCGUGGUGCUAAGCACUGUGCCAGCUGAGGCCUUCCUGGCAGUGCUGGAGUUCCUGUACACCAACAGUGUCAGGCUGCACCGCCACUCUGUGAGCCUGUUGGGCAAGGGUAUGGAUGAGAGAGGGAGGGGGAGGGGCAGGAGACACUCUCCACCACAUCCCCAACCACCCACCUUGCAGGUGCUGGAGGUGCUGACCGCAGCUGUGGAAUAUGGGCUGGAGGAACUGCGAGAGCUGUGCUUGCAGUUUGUGGUGAAGGUGCUGGAUGUGGAGCUGGUUUGUGAGGCCUUGCAGGUUGCGGUAACCUUUGGCCUGGGACCGCUGCAGGAGCGUUGCAUAGCGUUUGUAGAGGCCCACAGCCAGGAGGCGCUCCGGACCCGCGGCUUCCUGGAGCUGUCGGCGCCAGCGUUGCUGUCCCUGCUGCGCAGCGACAAGCUCCGCGUGGACGAGGCUGAGCUCGUCCUGGCGGCCCGGAGCUGGGCGCGCGUGGGCGCGGCCGUGCUGGAGCGGCCGGUCGCCGAGGUGGCGGCCCCGGUGGUGCGGGAGCUGAGACUGGCUUUGCUGGCCCCGGCGGAGCUGAGCGCCCUGGAAGAGCAGAACCAGCGGGAGCCUCUCAUCCCGGUGCGCAGACGCGGGGAACCAAGCUCAGAUCCGCUCAGCAGCGUGGGGAGAAAGCGCGGAGGGGUUGGGUGGGGGGCUCGACACAGGGUCUGCCGGUCAGGGGGUACUGCAGGACUCUGCCUUGACCAGCCUUCCCCUGCAGGUGGAGCAGAUCGUGGAGGCGUGGAAGUGCCACGCUCUGCAGAGAGGGGAUGCGGCCCGGGGCGCCCUGUGCCGCCGCCGGAGGGGAACCCUGCCACGGGAGCAUCACUGCUUUCUGGACCUGCCCUUUAAGUGACCAAAGGCCGCGAUUUGCAAGGAAUUCUGGGCCUGUCCCAAACUACAGCUCCCGACGUGCCUGGCGCUCGGGGCGGACUUCCGUCCCCAGCAUGCCCUGCGAGCCUGGCGCCGGAAAGGGCUACUGUCGCCCUGCUCUG